GGGUAGGGUGCAACCGAAAGGCGGUGCGCUGUGGAGGCGGGGAUUCCGGUGCUUCUGGCUUUGGCGACUGAGCUCUAUCUGUUGGGAUGGCGGGCAGGGGAAAGCUAAUUGCGGUGAUCGGAGACGAGGACACGGUGACUGGCUUCCUGCUGGGCGGCAUAGGGGAGCUUAACAAGAACCGCCACCCUAAUUUCCUGGUGGUGGAGAAGGAUACUACCAUCAAUGAGAUCGAAGACACUUUCCGGCAGUUUCUGAACCGGGAUGACAUCGGCAUCAUCCUCAUCAACCAGUACAUCGCAGAGAUGGUGCGGCAUGCCCUUGAUGCCCACCAGCGCUCCAUCCCGGCUGUUCUCGAGAUCCCGUCCAAGGAGCACCCCUAUGACGCUGCCAAGGACUCCAUCCUGCGGAGGGCCAGGGGCAUGUUCACGGCCGAAGACCUGCGCUAAGAUGACGCCCCACCACCCUGCCGCCUCUCCCAGGCUUGCCAUUGGCCCCUUUCUAAGUUUCAAGCUUCUGAUUCCCAAUUUCCUGCCCCUUCCCACUCCAUUGAGAGGCUAGACGUGGUGCUUCCAUGUUGCUGGGGCUCCGCCAUUAAAAUCGAGACUGGUCAGGGAACCGGAAGCUGAUUGUCCUCCCUGCCCACUAUCUCUUUCCUGUGCUGUUACAGUGUCACUGUUGCUGUUAAAUUAAACGUUCUUCUCUCCAAAUUGA